AUGUGCGGGCUGGUGAGCGAGAGCGCGCUGCCUCCGGUGCGCCGCGGGCCGCGCUACCCUUCGGGCCCCGGGCUCGCCUGGCCCGCGCCCUGGGGCGCGGAACUGGAGUCUCGGGGCGCCUCGGGCGUUGGAGUGGACGGCUCGGGCCAGGUCGCUGCACCUUCCUUCCCGCCGCGGACUCGCGGUGGUCUCGAGCGCUCCAGAUCUCUGCGCGGGGACGGCGGCGGCUCGUUCGCAGGAACGGGGUUCGCACUAACCGGGUCUGCUGUUUUCCAGGAUCGCCACGACGCCAGCAGCAAUGGGAACCCGCGCCUUCCGCACCUCUCUUCUGCUGGGCAGCAUCUCUACAGCCCCGGGCCGCCGCUCACGCAUACCGGGGUCUCGGAAUACCCGCCGCACCCCUAUUUCCCGCCCCCUUACCAGCAAGUGGCCUACUCGCAGUCGGCCGACCCUUACUCGCACCUCGGAGAAGCGUACGCCGCCGCCAUCAACCCGCUGCACCAGCCGGCGCCCACCGGGAGCCAGCAGCAGGCCUGGCCUGGCCGCCAGGGCCAGGAGGGCACCGGCCUGCCUUCGCACCACGGGCGCCCGGCGGGCUUUCUGCCCCACCUCGCGGGCCUGGAGGGCGGCGCUGUGGGUGCCCGCAGGGAGGCCUACCGCCGCUCGGACCUGCUGCUGCCGCACGCGCACGCUCUAGAUGCCGCCGCGGGCCUGGCCGAGAACCUGGGGCUCCACGACCUGGGGCAUCCGAUGGAUGAAGUGCAGAACGUGGACGACCAGCACAUGCUUGUUCACGAUCAAACGGUCAUUCGAAAAGGUCCUAUUUCAAUGAGCAAGAACCCCCUGAGUCUCCCCUGCCAGAAGGAGCUGGUGGGGACGGUUAUUAACCCCACCGAAGUGUUCUGCUCCGUCCCUGGAAGACUGUCCCUUCUCAGCUCCACAUCGAAAUACAAAGUCACAGUAGCAGAAGUCCAGCGACGCCUGUCCCCACCUGAAUGCUUAAAUGCCUCCUUACUGGGAGGUGUUCUCCGAAGAGCCAAGUCUAAGAACGGAGGCCGCUCCUUGCGGGAGAGGCUGGACAAGAUUGGGUUGAACCUCCCUGCUGGCCGCCGGAAAGCAGCCCAUGUGACUCUCCUGACAUCGCUAGUAGAAGGCGAAGCUGUGCAUCUGGCGCGGGACUUUGCGUAUGUCUGUGAGGCUGAGUUCCCUAGCAAGCCGGUGGCUGAGCACCUAACCCGACCUCACCUGGGAGGAAGGAAUGAGAUGGCGACGCGGAAGAGCAUGCUCCUGGCAGCCCAGCAAGUGUGUAAAGAAUUCACGGAACUUCUCGCCCAAGACCGGACGCCCACCGGGAACAACAGGCCCACCCCCGUCUUGGAGACGAACAUACAGAACUGCCUGUCUCAUUUCAGCCUGAUCACCCAUGGCUUUGGCAGCCAGGCCAUCUGCGCCGCCUUGUCUGCCGCCCAGAACUACAUCAAGGAGGCCCUGAUCAUAAUAGACAAAGCAUACAUGAACCCCGGAGACCAGAGCCCCGCCGACGCCAGCAAAGUCCUGGAGAAAAUGGAGAAGCACCGGAAAUAAGACGGCAGCGGAGGAGGAGUUGUGACCGAGGGACCAAGAGGCGGGACAGUGCCAGCGCUUGAUGGACCAGGAGCCCCUCUCCUUCGCUCUGGGGGGCCGACUUUGUUACCUACCUUCCUGUUGAUUUCUGGAUUGGCAGCAAUUUCUAUACUUUGUUGGUGUUUUUGUUUUGUUUUUUAAAAAUACACCUGCGGAGUUUUCAUUGUUUCUCUAUCGCCUGAGGUCUCCUAACUUUUGGACCAGGUAUCAGAAGAUAAAAACCAAGUAUUCUUCCCUCCUCCUCUUAAAAAAUUUUUUUGAUCCCCAUCCUCUGAAAGUUGGUGCUACAGUUAUAGAUCAAACUCAUAUGGCCACCCCCUCAGCUAACAAAAACCACACGCUUGAGUGUUGCAAUGUCAACUCACGUGAUUUACAUUACCCAGAAUCCUCUCCCUCCCCACAUUCGAGGACAAUGGCUGCCUUUCGGAGUCCACAUAAGUAUUUACCUUAUAAAGUAUUUUCACUUCAGAUAUUAAAUCCUGCACGAGGAGGCAAAGGUAUCCUAUCGCACGGGUGGG